GAGACCAGAUGCAGAGAGACCAACCAGUUGGAGGGUCACAGGUCAAGAAAGGUCCCUGGAGGUAGAUGUGAGGAGCAGUGGGACAUCAAGGGAUGGGAGUGCUUGGACACAGUAAGAGCCUCCAAUAGCCAUCCCAGGGCACAUGAAGAUCCUGGUGUUGGGGCUGGAGGUGUUUGAUGCAGUCUCUAACCAGGGCCCAGCUGAUGCCCCCAGGCAGCUCCAACCUCUGCCUGACCUCGCUCUCCCCUCUGCAGGCCUCCCUGGAACAGCUUCUGCAGGUUCUGCACAGCACCACGCCCCACUACAUUCGCUGCAUCAAGCCCAACAGCAAGGGCCAGGCACAGACCUUCCUCCGGGAGGAGGUCCUGAGCCAGCUGGAGGCCUGUGGUCUCGUGGAGACGAUCCACAUCAGUGCCGCCGGCUUCCCCAUCCGGUGAGUGGGCCCAUCACUGCAGGGGCAGGGCCAGCGCCAGGGUAGAGCUCGGACUCAGGCCAACAAGAGCCUGCCCAGCCAAGAGACGGAUAUGGAGAUGAAGAGAAAGGGCAGGUC